AUGUGUCCCACCCUGGUGGAACCCGAGCAGGCUCUCCUGAGGAAGCGGGCCAUCAAUGUGGUUCCCUCCCCCUUGGUCAGAGAGCUUGACUCAGACUCUGGUGCCUCAGGUCAUGGUCUUGAUGAAGGUGCUCUUGAACACAACACUUCCAAUUCCAUCAACAAACUGACAACUUGGAUGCCAAAAGGCUCAGAAAUGGACGUGGUGUUUCUGGUGGUGUUGCUGGUUGUUGGAACUGUUGCUCAUCCAGAAAAUGGCUGGCAGCAAGGUCCUGGUCCUGUAGGAGGAGGAUCUGGGCCAAUGGGAGGAGGAUCUGGGCCAAUGAGAGGAGGAUCUGGGCCAAUGGGAGGAGGAUCUGGGCCAAUGGGAGGAGGAUCUGGGCCAAUGGGAGGUGGAUCUGGGCCAAUGAGAGGAGGAUCUGGGCCAAUGGGAGGAGGAUCUGGGCCAAUGGGAGGAGGAGCUGGGCCAAUGGGAGGAGGAUCUGGGCCAAUGGGAGGAGGAGCUGGGCCAAUGAGAGGAGGAUCUGGGCCAAUGGGCAGAGGAUCAGGGCCAAUGGGAAGGCAUCCUGGCCCAAGAGGAGGCGCUUUCGGGCCAAUGGAAAGAGGUCCUGGGCCUAUGGGAGGAGGAAAUCCUGGAUUUACAGGAGGAGUUGGAACAAUGGGAGGAGAAGCUGGACCAAUGCAAAGUCCUUCUGCAAUGAAACAACGCCCUGGGACUAAAGGAGGACAUCGUACGCCAAAGAAUGACAGUUCUGAGUCAUUGGGGAAACAUCACAAGGCAAAGAAUGAAACUACUAAACGAUUUGGUGGAAGAGGCGAUCGGCCUCCAGUUGUGCCUGGACAGAUGAGAGCAUCAGAUGGUGACCAAUCCUGGAGUCCAUCUGGAGACGGGCCAAGAAAUGAUUUUGGAAUUGGGAUGCCUGUAGAAUUCGCAGAACUAAGAGGAGGAUCACACAGAGGAUCACAUGGAGGAUCACAUAGAGGACCACCACAUCAUGGAGAAAAACCAUUCAGUCCCAACUUUCAGUUCAUCCCUCUGUUCAAGACGGACAAUAUCACACUGCAGGAUUUGAAUUUCACUCUGCCACUGAGAGAGGGGGAAAACAUGUUUGUCUUAUCAAGAACAAACAGGAACGACUUUCGGGCCUUAAUGCCGCACGUGAAGAUGGUCUUCACCCCACUGCUGCAGUAA